GUGACAGCUAUUUCCCGGAUGAAGGGCAGCCCUGAAGCCAGUAGCAAAGGGCGUCCCUGAAGCCAGCAGCCCCACAGCCAGGGUCCCUUCAGUCUCCUUGCAACUCCCUAACAGCCCAGACCUGCAAGACCUCCAGGACUAGAGGUACAUACACGGGAAAUCCAGGUGCUUGCAGGUCCUCAUGUCAGUCAGACCCAGCUCGGGGCCAGGCCCCUCUGAAGGGCCCACCGCAGCGCCUGACAGUGAAGAGUUCCACAAUUGGGAGGAAUUGCUCUACUUCUUCAAUCACACUUUGUCCGAGUGCCACCUGGAGCUCAGUGAGGACACCAAGAGAGUGGUCCUCUUUGUCCUCUACCUGGCCAUCUUUGUGGUUGGGCUGGUGGAGAACCUCCUGGUGGUAUGUGUCAACUGGCGUCGCUCAGGCCGGGCUGGGCUGCUGAACCUCUAUAUCCUCAACAUGGCCAUCGCGGACUUGGGCAUCAUCCUGUCCCUGCCUGUUUGGAUGCUGGAGGUCAUGCUGGACUACACCUGGCUCUGGGGAGACUUCUCCUGCCGCUUCACUCAUUACUUCUACCUUGCUAACAUGUACAGCAGCAUCUUCUUCCUGGUGUGCCUCAGUGUUGACCGCUACAUCACCUUCACCAAUGCCUCUUCCUCCUGGCAGCAUCGCCAGCACCGAGUGCGGCGGGCUAUAUGUGCAGGCGUCUGGGUCCUCUCAGCCAUCAUCCCACUGCCCGAGGUGGUCCACAUUCAAUUGGUGGAGGGGUCAGAGCCCAUGUGCCUCUUUGUGGCACCUUUUGAAACAUAUAGCACAUGGGCCCUGGUGGUGGCCCUGUCUACCACUGUCCUGGGCUUCCUGCUGCCCUUCCCUCUCAUUGCAGUCUUCAACGUGCUGACAGCCUGCCGACUUCGGAGCCAGGGACAGCCCCAGGGCCGGCAGCACUGCCUCCUGGUGUGUGCCUACAUAGCUGUUUUUGUCAUCUGCUGGCUGCCCUACCAUGUGACUCUGCUGCUGCUCACUCUGCAUGGGAGCCACAUAUCCGUCCACUGCUACCUGGCCCACCUGCUCUAUUUCUUCUAUGACAUCAUUGACUGCUUCUCCAUGUUGCACUGUGUUGCCAACCCCAUCCUCUACAACUUUUUCAGUCCAAGCUUCCGGGACCGGCUGCUGAGUGCUGUUGUCCACUACCUUCCAAAGGACCAGGCCAGGGCAGGUGCACGGGCUUCCUCUUCUUCCUCUUCCACUCAGCACUCCAUCAUCAUCACCAAGGAGGGCAGCCUGCCCACUGCAGCUGCCCCCCAGUCCCACCUAAGCCUGAACUUCCAGCCGCCCUCUGCUUCCAAAUUUCUCAUCUCUGUUUGGCAAUCCCAUAGGCAGCUGAGGUAGAUUCCAGGCUCUUCCAGGAGUCGAGUAGAAGGCUGAAGAGGGAGGUGAGACAUUUGGAGGGAGGGGGGAGGGAGAGCAUCAGAAUACUCAUGGUAUAUCUGAAAUAUGGGAGAGGGAGAAGGGAUGGGGAGGAAUAGAGAACAGGUCCUUCCUUGGUGUUGUAUUAUUUGUUUUGGCCCUUGUGUCUAAGGGAGCAAUGCAGAAAAAAAAAAAAAAAAGUGAAAUAAAUAAUAGAGAUAGCCAUGGUCUGGAUCUCUGAGAACUCUGCACUUCCAGCUGGGCUUGGGAAGGAAGCUGAGGCUAAGGGGAUGCCCUGCAUAGGAAACUAGACACAUGCAUUUCAUAAAUCAUCCUAGCUAGAAAGAAUGAGCUCCACAGGAACUUCACAAAACUUUCCUUUUGUUUGUGUGCUUGUUGAUCUUCCAGCUCACUAUGCAGGUUGUGGGGACAUGAG